AUGAGUAAAAUUCCUUGACUGUCUUACGGUAGGAAGUUGGAUUGCAAACCUAAGAUAAAGGAAAAGUUCUUUGAGAUGCAAUAAUGAAGGAUUUUAAAUUAUAAAGAGAAGAUGCAAAUAAUUUAUUUAAGGAAUUAUAUUAUUCAAGGAUAAAAACAAAAAGAGUAAGGUAAAUUAAUUUUUCAUAAUUCUAAAGGAGAAUCUGACUCAGAUGAUGGAUUCAAAAAAGAGAAAAAGUGAAGUUACUAAUAGAUUCCAACCAGAAAGGGAGGUAAUAGAAAAAGAAGCUGAAUUAUAAUUCAAUUAUAAUUAAUUAUUAAAGAAAUAUAAUUUCUAAAAAGACUCGAAAAAAUUAGUAACAGACUUAUCCUGUAUAAUCAUGUGA